CAAUUUCUAAACCUAAUGAUUGUUGGUGUGGUUCAAAACUCCUCCUUAUCUUCCUGAAAAAAAAAAAAAAACAGGGGAUUUCUUCUAUAUUAACUCUUGCAGGACACCAUCUACAAUCCACUAGUUCUUUCUUUGUUUCUUGGAAGAUUACUCUGUUUCUCUGACACGCCUCGAUUCUUGACUUUGAUUUGGUUUCGCUCUUGAUCAGCUUUUUAAUUCUCUUUCAUCUCUUAUAUAAACCAUCUUAGUUCCACCCCGGAGAUUGUCGUCUUCUUCUGCAACUAUUCAAAAACAAAAAUCUCUUCUUCAUCAACAGGUGUGUCUCGGUUUCUGGGUUCUUGAUUUUCUGCGUUUUUGUAUCCAAAUACGAAUAUGAAGAUGAAGCUCUCAGGCACAAACAUUGCAAUGAUAGUUCUUGUGGUCGCGCUUAUUGCUUUGAUGGUAACUUCAGCAGAUGCUCAAAGGGGCGGAGGUGGUGGAAGGGGUGGCGGUGGCGGCGGUGGUAGAGGUAGUGCAGGUGGGGGUGCGAAAGGUGGUGGCAACAGCGGUGGGAAAAGUGGAAGUGGGAACAGAGGUGUAGGUAGUGGAACUAGAGGCAGAGGAAUUCUAGGUGGUGGUGGUGUUAUAGUAGGAACAGGUGGUGCUACUGCGGCUGGAGGUGGUGGUACGAGUGUGAACGGAGGUCAACACGCAAGCUCAGCGUCCGUGACAUGUGGACCAGCUUCCAAACAUGGGUUCAUUGUAGGGCUACCUUUAAUGCUAGUAAUUUUCUUGAUGGUGUAAAGGUUGCAGACUGUCAGCUGUGCUUUCUUAUUUUGGAUUGUCAAUUAUUUCCUAGAAUAAGUGAACAAUUUUUUUUAAAAUG